GUUUAUUGUUUUUUCAUUAAACUUUCUUGUAACUAAGGUAUAAUGUAUUUUACUAUUUGCUUUACGUUGAAUAUAUUUUUAUCUUUUUAUGGCAAAAAAAAAAGAAGAAUAUAUCUUAUCUUUUUCUUUCUUAAAUUUUGGGUUAUCUCUAGGGAUAACCAAAAUAAUGAAAAUAUUGCGCCCAACCGCGGUAUUAAUAAAAUACUGCGAUAUACCGUCAUUCGUAUUGCCAAUUUAUCGCAUUCGUUUUCAGUUCAAGGACUCGAAACGUUUCUCUUCUUUAGCGUUUUAGGCGGCGGUUUCAAGUCUCCCUCUGCAGUCGGUUGAGUUUCUCAGAGUUUCCCGUCUUCCGUUUCGCGUUUCGCGUUACCAUUCAACACUCCAGUGGUUUAUAAGUUCAAUCUCAUGGCUUAAACCCUUUCCAAAAACCGUUCCUCUUCUCCAUCAGAUCUCCGUUUUUAUCAUUUCUCUCCCACCUACCAAAAACCCAGCAACCUCACUCUCUCUCACCAAUGGCGGCGACUUCAUCCGCCCUCUUCAACUCCCCCCAACUCCAGAACCGCCGCCGCAACCGGAUCCCCUCCGGCAUCCGCUCCCCCAAACCCGCUCCCCAUUUCGUCUCAAUAGCCAGACCCAGAGCCACCCUUUCCUCUUCCUCCACCUCCGAUCCUUCCAAUCCGACACCCACCGCCGCCAAUCCGACGAAAGGCUCCAGCAUCCGCGACGAGGCCCGCCGCCACAACCUCGCUCACCCACAGCCGGCCAACAAUUUCUCCGCCAAGUAUGUGCCUUUCAACGCCGGCGCCAACUCCACCGAGUCAUACUCCCUCGACGAGAUCGUCUACCGUUCCCAAUCCGGCGGCCUGCUCGACGUCCAGCACGAUAUGGAAGCGCUCAAGGCGUUCCCGGGUUCUUACUGGAAGGCCCUGUUCGAUUCCCGCGUCGGGAAGACGACUUGGCCGUACGGAUCAGGGGUUUGGUCGAAGAAAGAGUGGGUCUUGCCCGAGAUUUCGAGUGAUGACAUUGUGAGUGCCUUUGAAGGGAACUCGAAUCUGUUCUGGGCGGAGAGGUACGGGAAGCAGUUUCUGCAGAUGAGUGAGCUGUGGGUCAAGCAUUGUGGGAUCAGCCACACGGGGAGCUUCAAGGAUUUGGGGAUGACUGUAUUGGUGAGUCAGGUGAACAGGUUGAGGAAGAUGAACAAACCGGUGGUCGGGGUUGGAUGUGCUUCUACGGGUGAUACUUCUGCUGCUCUAUCUGCAUACUGCGCUUCAGCUGGUAUUCCUUCUAUCGUGUUUUUGCCUGCUAAUAAGAUCUCCAUGGCUCAGCUGGUUCAGCCGAUUGCUAAUGGAGCAUUUGUGUUGAGCAUAGAUACCGAUUUCGAUGGUUGUAUGCAACUGAUCAGGGAAGUUACAGCUGAAUUGCCUAUUUACUUAGCUAACUCACUGAACAGUUUGAGGUUAGAAGGACAGAAAACUGCUGCCAUUGAAAUACUGCAGCAGUUUGAUUGGGAAGUCCCUGAAUGGGUCAUUGUUCCUGGUGGUAACUUGGGCAAUAUUUAUGCAUUCUACAAAGGGUUCCACAUGUGUAAAGAACUAGGGCUUGUUGAUAGAAUCCCCAGGCUAGUCUGUGCUCAGGCUGCAAAUGCAAACCCUCUUUACCUGUACUACAAAUCCGGGUGGAAGGAUUUCAGCCCCGUGAAGGCCAACAGUACCUUUGCAUCCGCUAUCCAGAUAGGGGAUCCGGUUUCAAUCGAUAGAGCUGUUUAUGCUUUGAAGAAGUGUAAUGGGAUUGUUGAGGAAGCUACCGAGGAGGAACUAAUGGAUGCUAUGGCACAAGCUGACUCUACUGGGAUGUUCAUAUGUCCUCACACCGGCGUGGCACUGACUGCUUUGAUUAAGCUUAGGAAUGCUGGGAUUAUAGGUCCGAACGACCGGACUGUGGUGGUGAGUACUGCACAUGGGUUGAAGUUUACGCAGAGCAAGAUCGACUAUCACUCGCGUGAUAUCAAAGACAUGGCUUGUAGGUUUGCUAAUCCGCCUGUGAAUGUGAGGGCAGAUUUCGGGUCUGUAAUGGAUGUUCUGAAGAAGUAUCUGUUGAGUAAAUCUCAUUAGGGCAGGGUGAUUGAUGACUAGCUGUCGAGUAGUUUUUGGAUGUUGCUUCAUUCUCUCCGGCUCGUUGCUUCAGUUUGUUGUUUAGUAGACGUUGGGGGCACUUCAUCUUUUUAAUGAGCAUUCAUGUAACUUUUGAGGAUCUUAUGCUCUACUGGCAUUGCCAUUUUUUUACACACUGAAAAACUUGGUGCUUUUGAGUAUCUAAAUAAGUUCAUUUUUCAUCUUUGUUUUUUUAGCCAUUUUGGACCAUGUUUUGUCUGUUAUAUCUUUUGAUUCGGUUUGCUGACAGAUAUUUGUGUCGAUUCGGUUUGUAUUGCCAGCCAUUUAUCAAGUAUGAAGUUGGUCUUGUAGGUAUUUGUAUCGAUUCGGUUUGUAUUGUUUAUCGAUUCGGUUUGUAUUGUCAGCCAUACUUGAGAGGGAGAGGUAUUGUCAGUCAGUCCACUAUUUAUCAAGUAUGAAGUUGGUCUUGUAGGUAUAAGCCAAGAUUCCUCAUCAUAGAAAUGUGUAAUUGUUGUUAACUUCUGUGAUGGUCUAUGUUCAAAAUUCUACCUUCUUUUUUUGUACUCAAUCCUCCAUUUCUGGUACAUGAGUAUACAGACUCAUUAAGAUUGGAUUAUCGGACUCGACUAGUUUUUUCUGACCUACUAUGUAAAAAGUAGCUUAGUGACCAAGGCUCAGAAGGGACACAUGGUCAGAACCAAAAGAUGCCCUACCAACACUAGAGCAUGCGUGUUCGAUAUAAAUCCACCAAGCGUAAAACACUUUUCACACCCUCAGCAACUACACUAUGAAUAAUAGCAGCUCGCUCGACCAUUCUCCCCAUUUUCUAACAAGACCCAAGUCUCCAAUCACACUCCGCAAGAGGGUAGAGAUGGUGACAUCUCCAAAUAAAAUUUAUGUUAAUGU